GCUUCUGUCCACUGCCUUUGCCCAGCGAAACACCAUCGGCAGCCCUCCUCCUCACCAGCGACCCUGAGGUCUUUUGUUGUCAACGAAACAUGGCACUAGUGGCAUUGAGAAGUCGAGGUAGGGUUUCUAAGCUUAUUUGUUCGAAUAUUUCGAAUUCUGUCCCUUAUUUAUAUCAAUUGCUCUUGAGAAGUCGUCUGGCAAUGCCUCUUCCGAUGAGAGUACACUCUUUUAGCUCCAUGGAUGGUGGUCCUAUUCCAUUACCAUCCGAGCGAAGAACCACUGAGCAGAUGAUGAAAGAUGGUGAUGGACGAUUAUAUGACAUUGGCCCCCCUCAGGUUCCUCCAGAGCCCAUACCUAAUCGGCCCUUGAGGGGCGAACGUCUUUCGCCUAGAAAGUUCCAACUUAGCGAUCACAAUGAGCAUGGCGGGGGAUACAAAUACGGAUGCGAGAAGUCUUUAACUGCCGCCAAUACCCCCCACCUGAAGAAUUCAAAGAACUAUAACAAUAGACCUUCUAGGAUAGUAGGAACAGGGCACAAAGCUGAUCGGCCUUCCGGUAGUAACCUUUUCCCAUCGGACGAAUUUAGUGAGGAAAAGACGAAUGGUAAUAAAUCUUCUCUACCUAAAUCCUUUUUAGGCCAGAAGCAGCUGGGUGAUGAUGAUUUUCUUGAAAAAUUCAAGCUAAGAAUNGGACGAAUUUAG